UGAGGAGCCCGGGAAGCUCUUGAGCUGGAAAGUGAAAGACGUUUCCUUCAUGACUGGAGUUUUCAACUCUAAGGUUUCGUUACUGCUAAAGGUUUCGUUUUCCACACUGAGGACAGGCACUGAGCGGUGCCAGGCGCGGAGUCGCCGCCCUUUCCCGGCCAGCCGGGUUCCGGCCAGCCGGGCCCUCGCGCACCGCCCUGCCAAGGGAAAGCGAAAGCGGCGCCGGUGCUGGGCGGGCCGGGCGCGGAGGGGCCGCGCUGAGCCGCGCUGCUCGCCAGGGCCCAGGCGCGGCCCCGGCAGCCGCCAUGGCCGAGGACGCCCGGGACGAGCGGUUCCUGUACAUGAUCUCGUGCUUCAGGCCGCGGCUGAAGCAGUUCAUCCAGGUGCAGCCCGUGCUGGACCGGCUGCCGUCGCUGGGCGCCGAGGACAGGGACAGGGUGCGUGCGGCCGCCCUGCAGCGCGGCGCGGCGGCGGGCGCGGAGGAGCUGCUGCGCGCCGUGGAGCGGGGGCCCCGCGGCGCCGGCUGGAUCCGCGAGUUCCUGCAGGCGCUGGAGCUCGGUGGCUGCAGCCUGGCCGUCUGCUACGCCAACCCCAGCCUGAGCCAGCUGCCCUCGCCGGCACAGGAGGCCGAGCACGACCUGUGCGUGCACCUGGUGCAGCUGCUGCACGGCACGCUGGUGGACAGGAUGCGCGCCGGGCCGGUGGCCGAGAAGUGCCUGGAGAUGGGAAUCUUCCAGGACGAGGACGUGGAUCGGAUCCAGACUGUUACAGACAAUCAUGGGAACAGAGAUGGUGCAAGAGAGCUCCUGAGCAGAAUAGUCCAGAAGAAAGAUUGGUUCUCUCCUUUUUUGAUUGCUCUCCGUGAAACCCAACAUGAAGACCUUGCAGAUGAUUUAAGUGGAAAUACAGGAGAGAAUAAAGAAAAUGGGAUGGAGCAGACUACAAAUGAAGAGACGGGAGUUACAAGCCAGCCUGGAUACGUCAUAGAGGAGAAUUUGAAACAGAAGGAAAAUGUGGAUGACAGUUCCAGCAGUGAGAACAGUGUGUUGGAAACAUCCAUAGAGAAGAACUCUGUGGUGUCAGACUCAGAUGUCUCCAUAGGAGAUGGAAGUGUCAGUAACUUGAAUGACAACCUGGGACAGAGCUGCACCACCAGCGAUUCAGAUGAAGAUGAAGUGGAGAGGAGAGCCUCACCUCAGCCAGAUCUGACCCUGAGAGAUUACCAGAUGGAAGUGGCAAAGCCAGCACUGAAUGGGGAGAAUAUUAUAAUAUGUCUCCCUACGGGCAGUGGUAAAACAAGAGUGGCUGUUUACAUUACCAAAGAUCACUUGGAUAAGAAGAGAAGAGCAUCAGAGCCUGGAAAAGUCAUAGUACUUGUUAAUAAGGUUCCAUUGGUAGAACAGCAUUUACGAACAGAGUUCAGUCCAUUCCUGAAGCGUUGGUAUGAGGUUAUUGGUUUAAGUGGUGAUUCUCAGCUGAAAAUCUCAUUUCCUGAAGUUGUCAGAAGAAAUGAUGUCAUCAUCAGUACAGCACAGAUCCUUGAGAAUUCACUGUUAAAUGCAUCCAAGGAAGAUGAAGAAGGUGUCCACUUAUCAGAUUUUUCCCUCAUCAUCAUUGAUGAGUGUCAUCACACCCAAAAGGAAGGUGUCUACAACAAUAUAAUGCGACGUUACUUAAAAGAAAAGAUGAAGAACAGGAAGCUGGCAAAAGAAAACAAACCCCUGAUCCCACAGCCUCAGAUUCUGGGACUUACAGCCUCACCUGGUGUAGGAGGUGCAACAACCUACUCGAAAGCUGAAGAGCAUAUUUUGAAAAUCUGCGCCAAUCUCGAUGCACGUAGAAUUAUGACUGUUGAAGAGCAUGCCUCCCAGCUAAAGAAUCAGGUGAAGGAACCAUCUAAGAAGACUGUGAUUGCAGAUGACAAAAAAAGGGAUCCAUUUAAAGAGAAAAUUACUGAGAUCAUGACAGAAAUACAAAACUAUUGCCAGCUGCAUCCCAAGUCUGAGUUUGGAUCUCAGACAUAUGAACAGUGGGUGAUCAGAGAAGAGAGAAGAGCUGCCAAAGAAGAGAAACGCAGGGAACGUGUCUGUGCAGAGCACUUGAAGAAAUACAACGAUGCUCUCCAGAUAAACGACACCAUCAGAAUGGUGGAUGCCUACAACCACCUCAACAACUUCUAUAAAGAGGAGAAAAGCAAGAAGACAGUAAGGAGUGAUGAUGAUGAUGAGAGUGAUGAUGAUGAACCAGCAGUAUCUAAACAGGAUGAAACAGAUGAAUUUCUAAUAGGUUUGUUUGAUGCAAAAAAGAAGCAGCUGAAAGAGUUGACUAGAAACCCAGAAAAUGAAAAUGAGAAGCUAAUAGAGUUGAGAAAUACUCUAAUGGAGGAGUUCACAAAGACUGAGGAACCUCGAGGAAUCAUUUUCACAAAGACUCGUCUAAGUGCCUUUGCUCUAUUCCAGUGGAUUAAGGACAACCCAAAAUUUAAAGAAGUGGGAAUUAAAGCCCAUUAUCUUAUUGGCUCUGGACAUAAGAGUGAAAUGAAGCCCAUGACUCAGAAUGAGCAAAGGGAAGUUAUUGAUAAAUUUCGAAGUGGAAAUGUAAAUUUACUAAUUGCUACUACUGUAGCUGAGGAAGGCCUGGACAUCAAAGAGUGUAACAUCGUUAUUCGCUAUGGGCUCGUCACCAAUGAAAUUGCUAUGGUGCAGGCUCGUGGUAGAGCUCGAGCUGAUGAAAGCACCUAUGCUGUUGUGGCUUCAAGUGGCUCAGGGGCUGUUGAACGUGAAGAUGUUAAUAUGAUUCGUGAGAAAAUGAUGUAUAAGGCCAUUCAGCGUGUCCAGAAGAUGCCACAGGAAGAGUAUUUAAAUAAGAUUGAGAGUUUCCAGUUGCAAAGUAUAGUGGAAAAAAAAAUGAAGGCAAAGAAAGAUAAGCUCAAGACCUACAAGAAAAAUCCUUCACUAAUAAAAUUCUUAUGCAAAAACUGCUCCAAGCCGAUAUGUUCUGGAGAAGACAUACAAGUUAUUGAAGACAUGCAUCAUGUCAGUGUGAAAAAAGAUUUCCAAAGUCAUUAUCAUAUAAGAGAAAACAAAACACUGCAGGAUAAGCAUGCUGAUUACCAGACAAAUGGGGAAAUUAUAUGCAAAGACUGUGGACAAGCUUGGGGAAAUAUGAUGGUUCACCGAAGUCUUGAUCUGCCUUGUCUAAAGAUUAGGAAUUUUGUGGUUGUGUUUGCAGACAAGAAAACAACAAAGCAAAUUUUUAAGAAAUGGGGAGAUCUGCCCAUCAGGUUUCCUAGUUUUGAUUAUGCAGAUCAUUGUUCUUCAAGUGAUGAAGAUUAAGGACUUAGAAUGAAAAUAAAAGCCCUUUUCAACUUCUCUCUGUUGAUCAGAAGCUCCUGUGUCUCAUACAGAAUGCUGCAUCAUUAGCACUGUGAAAGCUCCUGGACACAAGGAAACUGCCUUGAAGACAAAAAGCGAAACAAGAAAGGAGAAGGACAAAGUCACACAGCUGCUGUCUGCACUCAGAUUUGUACUCCUGGACAAAGAUGACAAAUGCAUUGCAGGCAUGUGUAUUUAUGGAACAAACUCCUGUCUCUUUUCACUACAGGGUGACAACAUUGUCAAAAGUGGGUUAGAUGACCUGUUGUCAGUCCCAGUGAAAAGAGACCUUAAGAUAUGCCAUGGUCAUUAUUUUCUUCAUGCUACAACCAUUUUGAAGAUAAAGUAUCUCAAAAGAGGAGCCACGUAAAGAAGAGAUUGCCCAUUAUUUCUGAAUCACCGCUGCUCUGUCAGUGUUUUCAUGACUGAGUUCCUCCCUUCAUAAAUACAGCUGGAAACUCAUACACUUUGACAGACUAAAAUUCGGUUUACCUUAGAAUACAUUACAAAAAAUCAAGCCCUCAACCUGAAAUUGUUUUAGUGUCCAAGAUGCAAAUUGCAAAAGUAAUGUGUCUCUGUGUGUCAGUUUCACAGGAUUGUUAGUCUGGCUACAUAAUGAGGUGUGUAAUUUUUUUCAAUAAAUUGCUAUAACUAACCUUUA